CUCCUUUGAUCUUCUCGACAUUUCUUAUCCCCGCAGUCAUAGUUACCCUAUUCCCAUUUCCUGUUUGUGUGUCGAAAUGUGAUAACUAUCAUUCUACACUUCCUUUCCAAUCUAGUCAGUUCCGAAGGUCCAACAAUCACAAUGAAGCUUGUCGGGCUAGGUAUCACGGUCCUUUCUUACGCCGUUUACUGGGUCGUGACUUGGGCGAUUUCCUGGCGAAAGUCAUGCCAACUCGCCAAAGCGUCUGGAUUCCCCUACAUAGCCUUGCCCCUUUACCCAUACACGCGCUUCUGGAUGGCAACCUGUGGACUAUGGCUUCCCAUCAUUCGCAAGCUUCUUCCGACGUCGAUGACCGACGACUGGAUCGACAUGAUUUACGAUGACUCCCUGUGGCUCGAGGGAUUUGCUCCUCAUGAGAAACUCAAAUCUGACACCUACAUCCUCGCGGCGCCGGGGAGAUCGAUACUUAUCACAGCAGACCCGGCCGUCAUUACGCAAAUCGCGGCGAGGCGAUCCCACUUCCCCAAACCGUUAGCACAAUACACCGCGUUAGAUGUUUUCGGAAAGAACGUCGUCACGACCGAGGCACACGACUGGCGGAGGCAUCGGAAACUAACGAGCCCGCCGUUUACGGAGAAGAACAAUCGGCUCGUUUGGCAAGAGAGCAUAUACCAAGCGGCGGCGAUGCUAACGUCUUGGGUGGGCAAAGACGGAAAGGGAAAUCAGACGAUACAGAAUGCCCAUUCCGAUACCAUGAAGCAGACGCUACACGUUAUUAGCCGAGCGAUAUUCAACGUCCGAUGCCUUUGGCCGGGUGUUAAUGACAAUGACGAGAAGGCGAUUGCAGAAGGAGCCAUGAACACGAGCAUGGUUCCCGAGGGACACAAGAUGAGUUAUGUGGAUAGCAUGAACAUAUUGCUUCAUCGGAUUAUCCCCAUCAUUGUGUUCCCAAGCUGGUUCAUGAAAUAUUCCCCAUGGGGUUAUCUCCGCGAGACCCAACUUGCGUAUACAGAGUGGGGCAAAUAUUUGGAGUCGAUGUAUCAGAAGAAGAAAAAGGAGCGAAUUGCCUCGGAAAAAGGCGACUGGGGUCUCGAUGUCAUGGGUGCAAUGAUCGAUGGCUCUGGUCUUAUCCCGGGAACACCAAACUACGGCAAAGCGGAUGCGGGUCUCAGCGAGUCUGAGAUCCUGGGCAACGCCUUUGUCUUCGCCCUUGCUGGCCAUGAAACAAGUGCCAACACGCUCUUCCAUGUCCUCCUCUUCCUCGCACUUAACCCAUGGUGUCAGAAACACCUUCAAGAGGAGCUCGACAACAUCUUCCAAGGCCGACCCAUUAGUGAAUGGGAUUAUGAUAACGAUCUGAACCCACUCUUUGGCGGAUACGUCGGCGCCGUCAUGAACGAGACUCUCCGUCUCAUCCCACCAGUGAUUGGUAUCCCCAAGACCGUACUUGAGGAUGUCGGUCAACCGCUCACCCUGAAUGGCAAGGUGCACAUCCUCCCUCGUAACUUGUACAUCGUCCUUUCGGCCACGACGGCGCACCGCAACCCAAAGUACUGGCCAAAUGGCCCUCCACGUAACCCAAAACGUCCAGCACAUCCGAAGAGCAACGUGGACAACGAUAUGGAGGAAUUCAAGCCAGAAAGAUGGAUCCUGGAUCCGAGCGCAGUUCCCAUAAAAGACAAUGACGACGCCACGGUGGAAUCGGAAGACCUUGGUGUCAACACGAACCCGGACACAGCGAAUACGCUCUUCCGUCCCACCAGAGGAGCUUACAUCCCCUUCAGCGAAGGAUUCCGGAGCUGUCUAGGGCGUCGUUUCGCGCAGGUCGAGAUCCUCGCGACAAUGGCGGUGAUUUUCCAGAAAUAUUCCGUAGAGCUGGCGGUGGACGAGUGGGCCAGUGACGCAGAGGUGGAGCGUAUGCUGGCGGGAGGAGAGCAAGGGCGAAAGGAACUGGGGGAUGUAUGGUGGAAAGCGAAGGAACAUGGGGAAGACCUCAUUAUUAAGGAGAUGAAGACGAUAUUGACCAUCCAGCUGCGGAAGGGGAAGAUCCCAUUACGAUUUGUCAGGAGAGGGGAGGAAAAGUUUGGCUUCAUCUCAUGAGCGGCGAUGUCAAGGGCGGUUCGGCGUAUGACUUCGUCCUCGAUUUAUGCAUUAAGAACUGAACCAGGCUAGGUGAUUGUAAUAGUGUCCUGGUAAAGGAUGGGAAAGGGGACAUCCCCCGUAUCUCAGCAUGAGUGGAUUGGAUAGUCACUCCGUUUUGAGAGGCGCAGAAUAAGUCUCU